GCAAUACAAAAAUUAUUUAAAACGGAACACGUUCGUUCUAUACAACGAUCCGGAAGAGACAUGCCAUUGUAAAGCAAUCGACAAAUGUCAUCGGUCCCUAGUUAUCCUCCUCCAUGGUCCAUAGAACUUUCGUUGGCCGAUAAUAAUCUUUCUAGAAACUUCCCAGAUGUACCACCGAACUUUUCGACUGGCGCUGCUUAUUUCCAGUUUGUGAAACGGAAUAAACACCAGGUGGUGUCCCGUGUCCGAAAAGAGAGAAAUAUCUCGGAGGCGGUGGUGGUGACGGCGAUGGUGAAGAAGGUGGAGUAAGAGGCGAGGUAAAAACGUCGACCGGACAGGGUUGAGGUUCGAGAUAUUUGUUUCCGCGUGCCACCACUGGUCGCCACGGUGCUUGCUUAGGGUGCGCAUCCGCGGUGUUUGCAUAUGCCAGUUCGCAGCAGCUUCAGCGGCCGGCAGCGUGAGCAGCGGAUCUGUGCGCGCAAGCGUGACACGGGAUUUACAGCAUGGCGGAGCGCAGGAAAAACAGGAAGCGCAAAGAUGAAGUAGCCAGUCUGGAUACUAAGAUCGCUCAAGAUAAACCGUCUAAGGAGGAAUAUGCGGUAGCCAAGUGGAUUCGUAAUAAUGUACCGUCGAAGAAGACCAAGUUCGAUAGGACACAUAAUGUCGAAUACUUUACUGGGUCACGUGCGAUCGAUGCUCUAUUGGAAAACUCACCCUGGAGCACGGUGUUCGAAAACCGUGAGCAGGUCUCGCAGUUCCUGGACCUGAUGCUCAGGCAUAAGUUUUUUCACAGAGCCAAAAAGGUGGUGAUAUCGGAAGAGGAACUUAAUAAAAUGCGAGGUAUUAAGAAAAUUAAGGAUACGAAAGAAGAUAAAAAAACCUUGGAUAAGGAAGAAGCUUCCAAGGAAGGCAAAGAUGUAGCUGUAACGAAAGAUGAGAAAGGCGAAGAGAAGGCAGACGAACGGAAGGAGCAUAAAAAAAACCAAAAGUAAGUAAGACUAGAAAUGCACAUGGAACAGUACUUUGUGGAUUGUAAUGAUGCAUAUGUAUGGAUAUAUGAACCGAUUCCUGUAUACUAUUGGUUCUUCGGUACACUUGUAGUCUUGGGUGCAAUUGGAGUCUGUCUCUUCCCACUGUGGCCCUUAACCAUUCGUCAUGGAGUUUACUAUCUUAGCGUUGCCGCCGCAGGAUUUCUUGUAUUCAUAUUAGCGCUGGCUAUUAUUAGAAUGAUCGUAUUUUGUCUUCUGUGGGUACCUACGUUGGGUAGAUGUCAUUUAUGGCUGCUACCUAACUUGACAGCCGAUGUUGGCUUCUUCGCAUCGUUCUGGCCAUUAUAUCAAUAUGAAUAUUAUGGCCCCACAUCAGACAGUGAUAAGAAGAUCAGCAAAAAGAAAAGAAGGAAAGAGAAAGAUUCUGAUUCCGAGGAUGCGCCAUUAGUUCAAUCGGAAGAGCAACCUGUAACGAAGGAAGCAUCUAACGAGGAAUUAUCUUUACCUAGUGAAGAAAGGAAAGCUUCGUCCGAUUCAGCAGAAGGAGAGGAUGGCAGUGAGGAAGGUUCGGAAAGCGAAAAAUCUAAUACGAGUAGAGAUUUCGUUAUGGUUUAGAGAAACCGGGCAGUAGAUAGCUUCAGCUGCAGUUGUUUGCUGGGACAAACAACUGUAUUAAUUGUCGCAUUAAUCAUCUAAAACUGAUAUACGCUUGCGAUGUGUUAAAUCCGAGCGUUAAAUUCAAAGCGCGAAUCUGAGAAAUCAAUCGUAGCAGAUUCUCCACAGUUGUUGCAUUUAAGAAUACAAUCACGAACGAGUGGGAAAAUUGCUUGUGACUUUUACAUGGAGAGAAUUUUCCGUAAACUGGCGUGAAUGUAAAGUAUUGUCUCUAAAAAAGCAUAAGCGUGAUAUAAGGCAUAUUUUAUUCUAUAUAUACACAUAGAUAUCUAUACAAACAUAUGUGUGUAACAUGAAGGAAUCGUAUUAGGCGUAAUUUCGCUAUCAGUUUCCGUUUGAAUAAAUUGUGGAUACUGUUCCAAGUCUUCAAUCUAUCAAUACGAUCAAUGUCUACCGAUGAUGUAGUUAAUUAAUACGCACCGAGUUCUCUCCGUUAGAUAUAAAUCUUCGCGUCUGGGGAGGACUAGUUUAGCUGGAAGAGAAGGAAUCUUUACGGGUACAGAACUUGACGUUUUCUUCGUUAUUUGGCGAUUUAGCGCGAGUUCCUUUUUAGCAAAAAUUAAAUCCGAGUUUGCAGAUGAAUAUAUAUUCCGGUUUUAAUACAGAUAAUUUAUAUUUUUAUGCGAAAUUUCCAAUAAUUAUUGUUAUAUUAUUAUUAUAUUAUCACUUUUACUAUCAUUAUCAGGAAUUGUAGGUCUCGUGGAUCCGUUCAUGGAUUUAUCUAUAUGGAAAUAAAAAUAAAAUAGAGCGUUAUAUA